AUGAAUCUGGCCAUAGCAGCACUUCCAAUCAGUAGUCUAAACUCCACAAGGCUAGCAACAUCCUGUGGCGUCUCAACAGUGGCACCUCAAUCAUCUAGCUCGGCCUCACCUUCAGUUCCACCGCUUGUCGAUGCAGUCAUAGAAGAAGGCCCAAUUCAUUAUCUAAGGAUCGAUGUCGAUGCUGUUGAUAUGUCUUCUGAACCACCUACCGUGGAAUCGCCUGUCAAAGCUUGCGCGCGAAAAGAAGGACGGGGGAUCUUCUGUGUGUGUGAUAUGUUUGGACGCUCAUGUUGA